CCUGUUCAGAAUAUCCCUGUGCCAACGAUGGCACAUGCGUGGAUAAUGAAGACAGUACCUUUAAAUGCAUAUGUCCUCCCGGUGUCACCGGUGAUCGCUGCCAAGUCGGUUUAGACCCCUGUUCAGAAUAUCCCUGUGCCAACAAUGGCACUUGCGUGGAUAAUGGAAACAAUACCUUCAAAUGCAUAUGUCCUCCCGGUGUCACUGGCGAUCUCUGCCAAGUCGAUAUUGAUGAGUGUCGGGAGAACAAGGACCACUGUCAUGAUAUCUGUGAGAAUACUAUGGGGAGUUACUACUGCUCUUGCUCAGAUCCAGAGUUAAGCGUUGCACGAGACAAGCGCCAUUGUAUUGCCGCGGGAGUGGAAGUAGACUGUGGCCAAGACGAAAUGACUAUUACUCUACCCAAGUCUCUCCUCUUGGGUCUUGACCGUGAACACCUGAGACUAAUAGACGCGAACUGCACAGCCACUGAAAACAAGACUCACUUUUUCCUUCAUACCGAAACUGGAAAGUGUGGUACCAUUUUGAAGCAUAAUAAGGAUUACGUUAUAUACAGCAACAUGGUGUUCGAAAUACCUAUAGAAGAGAACAAGAUUGCGACGCACUUGCGCCAGGCUAUGAUCCCCUUCGACUGCUUUUACUCCAAUUGGGGUGCAGUGUCCUCCAUUGGAAUCAGGCCAUCAGGCACGAAGAUCGUUUUUUCUUCCAGGGGAUUUGGAAAGUUUACUCUCAGUUUGGAUUUGUUCCGAAGUUCUCAAUUCAUUGCUCCCUUCUCUCAGGAUGACUUCCCUGUUGAAUUCACAAUCCGUGAACGAGUGUACUUUGAAACCCGUGUCGACAGCGAGGACUCAACAUUAUCAAUCUUAGCCCUGAACUGCUAUGCCACCCCCUAUCAGGACAGGAAUUCUCAGCCCAAAUAUGACAUUAUUAAAGACGGGUGCUCGGUCGACAAUGAUGACGCACUUCAAUUCCAUGACAGCCCCGACAGCCAGUCUCAGCGCUGGAGCCUUGAAGCUUUCCAAUACGUCAGCAACCACGCGUUUGUGUUUUUCCAUUGCGAGGUCCAAAUCUGUGACGCCGCAGAUCCUGCCUCAAGAUGUGCUCGAGGCUGCGUACAGCGAAGACGACGAAGCGAGGGGGUUCUUCAUGACAACCCGGGUAACAAAUACGCUCUGGCCCAAGGUCCUAUCGCACUGAACCGCGAGAACAGAGAGGCGGAAGCGGUUGCCUUGGAUGAGACUAAGCCCAAAGUUAAUACAGGUUUCAACGUGCCUGUUAUUGCCUCGUUGUGUGUGUUCCUUGGAUUUUGCAUUGUGGGAAUGGCAUGGCUGAAGAUAACUUCGGAUAGAAAGAGAGUCGCACAGCAGUUCAUACCACUUUACGAGGACCUGCAAAAGUGAUAACUUCUUAGAAGAUUUUCUGACCACUUUUGCUGAGCGUAGAUGUAUAAAAAAGUCUUAACGCAAUUCUGGAUAUCGUGUUCAAUGAUAUCUGAAUCGGAGAUCACAUCCUCAUUGCUGUUUGACUACAAUGUCUUAGAAAAGUUACGUUUUCAGCCGUAGAUAUCGCAUAAUCAAGUGCACGUCUUCAACUGAAUUUUCCAUUCACUAGGCCAUUUGUUAACAAUUAAAUUUGCGAUUUUUCGCUUCUUUUAAUGUUUAAUCUGAGCAUAAUCGUGAUUAGCUAUUUUUGUAACAAAACCAAAAACAAUUUUUUACAUGCUAAAGCUUGGACUGACGAUCUUUAAGUCGUCGUUGCUUUAAAACGUCAUUUUCAACGGCUUAUUUUCAAUCAAUGCACUUUUCCCACCUUCUUGAACCCUCAGUCAGUCUGAUUAUAGCCCCCAGUGGCUAUCAUCUCUCAUUGGUAUAUCUGAUUUAGGAGCUGGUUUGGUAGAUUUGCCGUCCUACAUGAAUGAUUAGUUAUCUUCUGGUAUCAGUAAGUUGAAGCAUUUUGGUAGUCUUGAAAAAAUAAAAAAUAAAAAAUCC